AUGGUCACCAUCAAAGCCUGCCCUCGAUUUACCUUUACCGAAAGAGCCGCCGUCAAUGAAUAUGAUGAUGCACAGAUUCUUAAUUCCAACAACCCAGGUGGCAACGAGAUACCCGAGGAGAUGGACGUUGUGGUGGCUGGUGGGGGAAUUCAUAGCCUGAUCUACGCAAUUCAUGCUGCUCGAUUCAAGCCCGGCAACUUGAGAAUCGCAGUGCUCGAGAAGAGCACUAAGCCAGGGUACAAGAUUGGCGAAAGCACUUUCCCUCUUUUCUCUCUCUGGUGCAAGAUGCACGGCCUAACAGGCGAAUACAUGUUACGCCUGUUUGGUAACAAGGCCGGUGUGUGCCUAUACUUCCUUGACCGUGAGAAUCAAGGAGAAUACACUGAUAUAUGUACCACUGGCACUCCUGCUUCUCUUGUAAGCGGAUUUCAAAUGGAACGGCGUAUCAGUGAACUUCUAUUCACUCUGGUGGCCCAACGCAAUGGUGUCAAUGUCUUCCAUGGUUGCCAAGUCGAUACCAGAGACAGCACCAUCCAAGGCGGAGUCCAAGGUAAUAAGAUUACAGUCAAGCCAGGAAGGGACAAGCCUACAACAAGAAUCAGUUCAUCGAUACUGGUUGAUGCCACUGGUCGGUUUCGCCAACAAGCUUCCAGAAAUUCCUCUCUACGUCGAUUCGAAGGCUGGAAUUAUGAUGCCUUCUGGGGAUACUUCACAGCUCCUCAAGAUGAGAGUAACAUCCGCAUGCGCUUUUACAAGGGUGAUGACACCAAUCACUUGUGUUUUCCUGAAGGAUGGGCAUGGAUUAUCCGCCUCCCCUCAUGGGAAGGCUCCCCAAUCCCCAAUCUGAUGGAUAUGAUCUCAUACCUACUCGAUUGUGCUGAGGCGGGUGUUCCGGGCGAUGAAGUUCUUUGCUCUGAACAACUUGCCAAAAAGUUCGGCCUCAAAUUUCGAUGGAUGACUAGUAUUGGAUUUGCUGUGCGUAACGACGUUGAAUAUCCAGAGGAUAUGUCUGCCUAUGGCAAAAGUGAGGCGGAAAGAAAGUUCAAUUAUUUCGUGCAAAAGUACGAUCUCAUCAAAGAAUUUAUGACAAACUUCGACCUCAUUGAGGAUCAUUACGGUCCAGGAACUACAUGGUUUAUUCGCAAGUCAUUGACUUACCAGUCGCCCACUGUCUCUGGGCCUGGCUGGCUAGCUAUUGGCGACGCCUGUGGCUUUACCAAUCCCUUAUAUUCCCCAGGAAUCACUGCAGCCAUGGCAACAUCCACGUAUGCCGCAGAGCUGACACAUAGCGCUCUCGAUAGAGCUAGGGGUGCGGCCAGCGGUGCGGCUGCUGAAUCUGCAAUUCGCAAUACUUUGGUCCCCUACGAUGAAUUUUGUGAGCGGCUUAUCCCCGCUCUGAAUCAAAUGAACCGACUCAGUUAUGUCUGCUUCCGUAACCCCCAGCUUGGCCCUCAAGUCUCUGGUCUCUGGCAAUACCUUGCUGGUGUUGGUAUACCUGACUGGCAACUGCCAAAACAUAAAUAUUCCCUCGACUUUGGAAGCUAUGUGCCGCACUCGAUCAAUUGGGCUUGGGGCUCCAUGGUACCUGAGUAUCAAGCAGUGGCACGCAAAGCGAUCGAGCUAAUAUCGCCCAUUCCGCUGAAGGAGCCUGUACCUGAAGCCAUCGUUCGUGAGGUUAUUGACUUCUCCAACAACAUCAAGCGCGCGGCCAUUGACUCCAACCGCUUUCGGUACCGCUGGGAAGGACUCCUACGGUAUUAUGAUCAAUCUCUAAACUAUCGGCCGGAGAAGACGUGGAAGGAUAAUUUCUCUACCCAAUGCAAGGGCUGUGGAGCAUGGGUUGCCUGUCAUCCUUCCUGGCGCAAGUGUUAUGCUUGUGGCAAAGCACGCACGCUCGAAGAGGCCCUUCCUGUCUUCAAUCCACCUCUUUCCCCCGAGAAAGCCAUGGAAUUGGGAGUAAUCGAAAUGUCAGACAGAAAGAAUGACGGGAGUAUCAAGCGGUAA